AAUCGUACACGUUUACCAAGGUUAUCAAAAGGUUAUCUUAUCAAACAAAUCAAAGUCUUAUACUACUACUGGUCUCUUCAUUCCUUCAGAAAAUCGAACAGUAACAUGAUGAUCAAAUUAGAUAUUUUGAUAGUCACGCUCAUACUUGUUGGGAAAUGUGAUGGCUCCAAAACGGGCCAACAUCUGGGGACUGGGGACAGUACAUCACAGAGUAGAUGUAUUUAUUGACGGUAAAAACGUCUGUUCCGCCACCGUUGAUACACACUCACAAUGGCGACUGUUGGUUCCAGCAAUGCCCAAAGUUGGAGAACAUGUCAACAACCAUAUCAGAGGCCCAAGCUAUCAAUGGGAUGAGAAUUUUCAAGGUGAAGACGUUUGCAUCUAAUCAAACACAAAGGGAGCCACACAUUGGUGGAAGCUGGCAACAUCCGGAAAAUGGGGAAACCAACGCGCGCUCAGGUCGUGCUGCUGAUUAUCAAUGUCAGUUUGAUCAACGACUGGAGGGCUAAAUCAAAAUCGCAUCAAAAUGCUACUGCCAAACUUCCAUUUGGCUUUGUUCAGCUGGCACCAGAUCUAAAUCAAACCAUACAUUCUGGGUGGCCGGAUUUGAGGUGGUGGCAGACGGGUGGUUACGGCUACGUCCCGAACCCUUCUCUACCGGAUGUGUUUAUGUCAGUUGCAAUGGAUUUGCCGGAUCUCCUUUCGCACUACGGCUCAAAUCAUCCCCGUUACAUGUACGACAUAGCGGAGCGCCUCGCUUUGGCAGGAAGGGCUGUGGCCUACGGUGAACAGGGUCUGGAUUUCCAGGGGCCAUUCCCAACCCGGAUUACCACAGGAGGAUCUGGCGUGAUUAUCGAGUACGAUAACGGAAACAAACCCAUCGCGGUCCGGGUCAACCACGGCUUUGAGGCAGAAAUAUAACAACACCGAAACUCAAAAAAUAUGUUCGUUAUAACCAAGAAAGAAACGACUGUGCAAGUCUGUAGGGAUAACAUGUAGUUUUUAGGUAUUAAUAUAAGCGUUAGCUCCCAAUGAAAUAUGAACGUCAAGAACUGUAGAAUAUGCCAGAAAAUAUAUUCUGUUAUUGGCCAUGCAUUAUAUUGCUAACACAGCACAAAAGUUGCAACAUUGCUUUAGCAACGGCACGAUUAAUUAAAUUUGGUUUAGGUUUUAAAGCAGUCGUGUUUGUUCUCUUGCACCUCAUGUGACAGUUUCAGCCUUGUUCGAAACAAUAGGUUGUCUAAUUAUUUUCUAUUAUCUUAGAUUUGUUGCGGACACGUUGGGGACCACAACUGUACAACGAACCUCUUCGUAGAGGCACCCAUAGUCUCCCAUGACGACACAACAGUCACCAUCAGUGCGUCCGGGUGCCAUGGAAUUACUGUUGUCACCUCAGUCAGAUACGCGUGGGAAAUGAGUCCGUGCAACUUUAAAAUGUGCGCCGUUUACGGCCGGGAUAACGACCUCCCAGCGCCGAGCUUCUUAAGAAACAGACCCUUUAAAUUGUAAUACAAUGACGAAUUACACAAAUAUAUUAACAUUACAUA